UCUUUCCACCACGAAACAGACCAUCAUCAGCCGAUUUGCGCAAUGCUCAGAGCCCAGUUUGUUCGUUCUGUGAGACCCUUCUCAUCCAGCGCAACUGCUCUUGCUCCAAAGGCCGUUGCUAAGGGCUUCAAGAAGGACAACGAUGGUAAGAAACAGAGAAAGACCACUGGCUCAUUCAGAAUGUUUCAAGACCAUGUGAACGCUGGACAGUUCAACAAGAAGGCUCCACAGCUGGUGCUGCCAGCGUUGGAGCACCACAUCGAGGCUAACACCGUGGUGACGUAUACUCAGCUGCAAAAGCAGAGGCUCUCGCAAGUUGGUGCCUUCAAGAAGGAUCAGUUCCACGAGUUGUUCUCGAGCCCAAUCACUUUGGUCAGAGAUGAGACGAAGCAGAUUGAAGCUCUUGUUCAUAACUCCUUCAAGACCUCUUCCAAGGAGAACAGGGUCUGUCUGCUGGGAGAGAGAGGUAUCGGUAAGUCCACCCUGUUGGCACAGGCACAGGCUCUGAUUGUGGAGAACCCGGAUGCUGUGAUGCUGCCAAUCUCUUAUGGUGUCAAGCUGGUUGAUGGUUCCAAUGACUACUGGUUCGAUGCCAAGCUGGGCACGUACGUUCAGCCAAUGUACUUGAAGACGCUGCUGGAUAAGAUCGAAUACGCCAACAAGCAGUCUUUGGCUAAGCUGAAGCUGUCGAAGGAGUACACCAUCGAAGGUGCUUCCAAGACCAGGGCUGCCACCAAGUUCUCCACUGAAAAUACCCUGUUGGACCUUGUUAAGAGUAAGAUCGAUGCCAGACAUCGUGGCCAAGUCCUUCAGAUCUUGAUUGACGAGUUGCUGUUGCAACAAAGCGCUCCCGUGUUCAUCACUGUGGACAACUUUGGCUCCAUCAUCAGCUCUCCAAACUCCGCGUACCGUAACGUGGAGAACAAGCCAAUUGCCAUCGAGGAGUUGCAACUGACCAAGACCUUGUUGGACUUCAUCAGCGGUGAGAAAUCGUUCCAAAAGGGUGGUGUUAUUCUGGCAACCUCGUCUGACGACAAGCCUACCAUCACGCUUAAGGCUGGGCUGGGAUUGGUUAAACCAGACCCAUACACGAAGAAAGAGCUGUAUGAUGCCACUCUGGCUUCAAGACUAGCCGGUGUCAAGCCAUUGGAGCUGGCCAAAUUGUCAAAGGAGAACGUGACGAAGCUGGUUGAGAAGUACGUCGAGGCCCAGAUCUUUAGAAAGGAUGAACUGGAACAGAAUACCGUCGAACAGUUGAUAAACCAAAAGUACGUCAUAAGUGGUAAUGGUAACCCAUUGGAGCUGAUCAGAUCGGUAGCUAUGCACCUAUGAAGAGUCUGUGGGUGCUUGGUGUACAUACAACUUCGACAUAUGCUACAUAAUCUAAUCUGUAAAUAGAGUAUUAU